CUGAAGAAGUGCGGAUUGAAAAUAAAAUGGCUUAUAAAAAUAAUUAUUGUAUCGCCAAAAUUUUAAUUUUAAUUAUUAUGUGUUCCUUUAUCAUUGAUGCGAGAAGUAAAAGUUUCGAAAUAAAGUUAAGACGGUGGAAAAGUCCUCGACUUCAAUUGAUUGAAAUGGAUCGAAAUAUGCGUAUAGCGGUUUGGAAAGAUAUUCAAGAAAACGAAAGCUAUUAUUCGGAUCCAUCUAAACCUAAACCUCCUCCAGGUCCUAAGGACAAUGAUACUAUAGCAAUUUAUAAAUUUUUAGAUACUGAAUUUUAUGCUGAGGUUGGAAUAGGCCAUCCUGUAAAGUAUUUCAAACUUGUGGUUGACACUGCAUGGGCAGAAACAUGGGUGGCCUCGAAACAAUGUGGAUUAAAAUGUGUUGGAUGUUGGAAUCUUAAUAAAUAUGACUCUUUGGCAUCAUCAACAUUUCAAGAAAACGGUAAAGAAUUUUCUUUUGGCUCAGGCAAAGAAGCCAUAACAGGGUUCUUUUCAAUAGAAAGUUUUUAUAUUGGCCACAUAAAUGUUAAAAAUCAGACUUUUGGGGAAGUAACAUGUUUGCCAUGGCACUACUUGUUUUCAAAAGCAGAUGGAGUAUUAGGAUUAGCAUUCAGCAGUUUAUCUAUUGGCAACAUAAUGCCAAUAUUUUAUAAUAUGGUUUAUCAACAAUUGAUUAAGAAACCUAUAUUUUCUAUUUAUAUGAAUAGAGAUCCAACGACAAAUCAUGCUGGUUCCAUCAUGAUCGGAGCAUCAAAUCCUAAACAUUAUAAUGGAAGCUGGACUUAUACUUCGGUUACUCAAAAAAAAUAUUGGCAAUUCAAUAUUGAUAAUAUUUACUUGGAUCUUGGAACCAAAUCUUAUUCUUUGUGUGACUCAACAUGUCCAAGUAUAAUUGAUUCAAGUACAAGUAUUAUUUCUGGACCCUCCAAAAUAAUAAAAAGAAUUAAUAGCCUCAUGUCAGCUACUGAACUUUUAAUGGGGUACUAUCAGGUUGAUUGCGGUAAAGUUACAAAAUUGCCUCAUGUACGAUUUUUAAUUGCUGGAAGAAAUUUCACAUUACAUGGGAAGGAAUUAGCACAAAAGAUGGAAAUGAAAGGUGUCAGUGCAUGUCUAUCUGUAUUUGCAUCAACUGAAUUUGCAGACCAAAAUAAUUUGUGGACACUUGGAAGCGCAUUUUUAGCACAAUACUAUACAUUAUAUGACAUAAAUGCAAGUAAAAUUGGAUUUGCUACUGCUACAUGACACUGUAUUUAAAGAAAUGAAGAACUUGUUGCAAUCGCAUACAGCAUUAAUGAAAUAAAAUAAUGAUUGGAUUAAUAAAAGUGGU